AUGGCAGGCGCUCUGGUGGUGGUGUCUUGCUGCCUCGAUGCAGGAGGUGAACUUUAUGUCACUGCCAAACCGGUGCUGGCUCUGCGACUGAUGAGCGUGGGCAUCAGAGACACUCUUCCAGAGCUAUGCUGUAUGCAGAGACCCCUGGAAAGACAGCCCGGGUCCUGCCCUGGGCCUCACCAGGGGACCGGCCUGGCAUCGUUCCUGGAGCCAAGCCUGUGCCCGAGUCAGUACAGGGUGGGCCGCCACACCAACAGGACAGUGGUGGUGAGGGCGGCGAGAGCAACCGGAAGCUGUGACAACAGGAACUUUUACUUGGUGGUUACUCAGGGGCAUGUGGUCUGUGUCCUACUUUCCCUCCGCGGGCCCCUGACCUGCUCAGGCAACGUGGCGUGCGCAGCAGGGGACCACAGCCCCGAAAGCCAGCGAGAGCUGGGACGAGGAAGGCUGCCCUUGCUCCCCUGGGAGGGGAGCUCCUUCCACUGUUUGCCAGGCAGAGCCCCUGAGUGUGGGGCCGCAGCCGCUGGCCAGAGCUUGCCAAGGUCAUCUCCACCGGCCCCUCUGCUGUCGCUUCCUUACCGCUGUGUUCUGCAGAGCCGGUCCCACUGGGUACGUCUGAUCAGCAGGGUUACGGACCUCAGUACGGAGUCCAGCAACCACCGAGGUGGGGCAAGAGGUUUUCCAUCAACUGGAGCUGCAUCCAUCCACUCCCUACUCCGGCUACUUGUUUUUUCAAAUCCCUUUCCAGGCUUUCAGAAGCUAACAGAGGACAAUCGUAAAACUGAGCUUGGGAUUGCGAGGACUCAGGGUAUCGCCUCACGAGGAAGGGAAGUUAAACCUGUGCUGAAACCUCUGGGUGACGGGAUUGCGCGAUUCAACUAGGAGCUGCCCCGCAUAGGACCAAUCAGGCUUCAGGACUGAGUUCAAUAUUCAAGGCAAAUCAGACCCAAACAGAAGACCGCUACCAAAGGCAGAGAGAGAACAAAGGGGAAGGACUCACACCGCUGAUUAUCAAAGUAUCAUUAAAAGGCAAGUGAAAAACUGGAAAAAAUAUUUGACUCAUCUACAAGAGAAAGCGUUUAAUGUCGUUAACGCGCGCUUUCAAAUACAUAAGAAAAUGAUGAAUGCUUCGAUAGAAAAUGAGAUAAAAGGUCUAAACAAGU